UUAUGCACCGUUCACGCUUCCGGAUUGGCGCGGGCGGCGGGCCAGGACGCUACACACUUGGUUCGCUUGCCUGGUCCGAACCCGAGUUCGAUUGAUCCCCCGCUGGACUGUGUUCGUAUUAUUUUAUUUGGGUCUGAACUGCAGUUCCUUUGCCUCAUCAAGCCAACAGCUGUUUACCCCGUUGCUUAGUAACAACUGACAGGAGAAGGCGGCAAAAUGCAUAGUUGCUCUCUUCAUUUUUAUAGCCUAUAUUUAUGUUUUUGAAACAUUGGUUUUGUUUCCAAAACUUAAGUACAUAGCGGUACUUACGUCUGUCUUACGAAUGUAGCCUACUGUAAAUGCUCUAAAGAACGCUUAAGGCAAACAGAAAUUAGACAGCUUUCUGCUUGCAUUGUGUCAGGAAAGUGAGUGAAACACACACACACAAACACAUAUUUUUUAUUUUGUUUAUUUAUUUAUUUUUAUCAAAUAAUUAAUAGCUGUUCACUUACGCGAUUUGGUAGGCCUACGAUUGCGUUUGCAGCGAACCAUACCAGAGUUCACAUGAACAGACCACUCUUUUUAAGCGGACCCGGGUACGGUUCAUUCGGAUUCAGAAGACAGCGUUCACAUCAACCGUACCGAACUCUGACUUCAGUCGAACCCAGUGGACUUUUCCUGGCCAGGGAAAUUCUGCCCUCCUGACACGUUACUUAUAAGCUUGCAUACUAAACACAACAACAAAGCAAAGCCAGACUGGUUGUGGAUGUUGUUAAUCUUGUUGGAUUCUUGAGUGAUCGAUGAUGUUUUUUCUCUUUUUGAGUACAUUGUUGUUUCUCCAGUCCUCUGCUGACGGAUCCAUCAAAACAGCAGAGAGUUACUGGACACUUAAACCAAAUGUGCUUGUAGUGAAUGUCGAUGCAAGUGAAGAUGUCAACAUGGUGCCACUUAUCUGUGGAGAAGCCUAUGAAGGGAAAAAUAUUACAUGGACCAGAAACAACGAUGAAAAUCUGGAGGCUCAUGGAAACAGGAUUGUCGUCACAGUGGAGGCCUGGAAGGGGGGCAACUACUCCUGUUUCAACAGUGAGGGAUCCUAUCUAAACCACACUCUGGUGCUGGCUCAGUGGACCUUCAGGAAGAUUAUCAAGAAUAAUCCUGAGAAAGGUUACAUUGAUUGUUCAACAAAUAACUACGGAGGUUCCUUCAAAUGUAAAUGGGAAUGGGGUGAGAACAGGAAUGGCCAUGUUGUUCAUAUCAAAGCCACACGCCCUGGUGGAAGCAACAUCAGCUGCAGUCUGGAUGACAGAGAACAGUCUAUUACAUGCUUAGACCAUGACUACUGUCCCUAUGCUGAGGAGGUGGAGCGCAUCAACCUGACCAUAUUCUUCAGAAGCAGCUUUGUUGUUGAAUCCUACAAUACAAAGUUCUACAUCAUGGAUAUCGUGAGGCCUGAUAUUGUGCCUAUUAGUAGGAUCAAUAAAACCUCUGUAGAGGUCAGAUAUCCACACUCCUGGAACACACCAUCAUCCUACUUCCCUCUCAUGUUCCAAGUGGUUCGCUGUCGGAAACGCGAAAAAUGCGACUGCUCCAAACCGAACUUACAAGAGAUUUUAUUCACACAAAGUCACCAGCUGCCAGUGAAAAAAGGGAUGUGUGUGUGUGUGAGAGCCAGGGAUGAAUUCUGUAAUUCCUCAUGGAGUGACUGGAGCCAGUACAAAUGCAAAACCAGAAAGAACGGCAAGCAGAGGAACCGAGAACCAAAGUUAAAGAUGCUAUAAUUUAUUAUGCAUCAUUAAAUAAAAAUCAAUUGAACUAUCAUGAUGCUCUCUGUAGUUAUGAACAAUGACUGACUCUAUUAGACCUUCUCUGGUCAUAUACUGUGUAAUUAAAUACAAACACAUAGUAUGUGUUUUUGUAAUAAUUUAUUUAUUGUAAUAACACUAUCAUGCUCUUAAAUGAAUUAUUUAUAACUGUAGUACAUUUUAACUGUGUUACAUGUAUGUAUUUAUUAUGAUUGCUGAUGUCUUUACUUGAUUAUAUAAGACAUAAAACAUCUAUAUGCUCUUAAUUCAGUUUUGUCUUGAUUGCAAGUUUAGAUUUAAGAAGUGAUUUCAUUUGAUGUCUCACCAAUUCUAAACUAUUAUGUAGUGUGUAUUUUGCUAAAUAUCACUCACAUUGAAAGGUUUGGACUUCGUUAGGGUCCUAAUUAUAUGCAAAUGUCUUUUCUUUCUCUGUAGAUCACACAUAAGAUUGCUCAAGACAGGAAUUACUGUCACAUCUCAAUGUGGAGCAAAGCGACAUGCUAUCCCCCCCGUUUCAACAGAGUUGGGGCAUCAAAUCAAAAGAACCACCUAAAUCAAUUGAUUACUGAUUGUUCAAAUGUUGUGUGAAAAAAGUCCUGAAAAAAAGAGUAUUGAAGCCUGGAAAAAACAUGUGUAACACCAUGAGUGACAUUAACCACCAUGAAUUGCCUGUCAUAAAAAAACACAAGUGCUGGGUUUUUGGAAAUGACACAAUUGGUGCAUCACUAACUAAUUUUGAGGAACUUACCCAAACAAACCUGCCAUUCAUUAAUUGAAGCUGGUAUAACAAAAAUAAAUAAAUAAAAAUAACAAAAAUAAAUGAAAGAGAGCUGUCAUUAACUGAUCUGAUCAGCUGUGACUGUAACUCUAUUAAUCACAAACCAGACUAUUAAUAAGCAAUUUUAAAUGGGGUGAAUGAAAAUAAAUCAUUAAAAUGAUAAUAGAUAAUGUAAUUUAAAAAGAGUUUGUACAUUGUCUUGGUUAAAUGCAUUCGUAAAUAUAUGUCUGGCUAAAUACUUGACCAGUUUAUCCAGGUUUAUAAGUUUGAGAUACUGUAUGUGUAUAUGCCUUGAGAAAGCCACAGUCUCUCUUUAUCAGAGCUAACAGUUGUUUCAGGGCAAGUGUGACAUAAAAACUUUGAUUUAAGAAGCAUUUCCUCAACAUCAUUAUGAGAGACAUUGAAGAGGGUACAGAUUGCUGACCUACUUAUGAAGUAUAG